GCUGCACCGUGGGUUGCCCCGCUCCGCGCUCCUCCGAGCCCCACAGCGCUGGCGUCUCCAAAUAUUGCUGGCUUUAGGUGGUGGCCGUGUACCAGGCUCCCGGCGUAACGGGUACCAGAGCCGGGGGCAACGGUCCUUCUCCAUCAUUCUCUCUACCUGACCUCUGGUGGCACACAGCCACCAGUCGGAAGAGUCUCCCUGGCGAGGGGCAGUCGUCCCAAGGGAAAAGGAGUUCCCGGUGCCCACGGGGACCUCCGUGUCCUGGGCUCGUGGUUGCUGAGGUGGCCCCUGCGAGACACUGCAGCAACCUUAGAAGAGGGCGAGAAGUCGCCCUGUUCACGUUUCAGAGACCGGAGUGUCCCCCGCUACUCCCGGGAGGGCGCGUUACCUCGCAGUCCUGCCGGGACGCAGAACUGACACGGGCUCUCCGCUGCUUUCCCAGCCAGGUAGAUAGGAAAACAAAAAGGAAUAACAUUUAGAGAGAGCCGGCCUUUCAGAUGCCAGCCUGAGCUUUCAGUAAAGGAGUCUUACCGAAAAUAUUGUUGAAAGCUGUUUUGGGAGAAAGAAAGAAACUGAAGGAAGCCGAUGCCUCAUGGACGUCCAUUCUCGUUUCAUUGCCUAGUUAGAGAAGAGACAAAGACCAAAAAUGCCACCAGCAGCAGCGCCACAGUACCCACCUCCGGAUGGAGGUUGGGGAUGGGUUGUGGUCUUUGGGGCUUUUAUCUCCAUUGGAUUUUCCUAUGCAUUCCCCAAAGCCAUCACGGUAUUCUUCAAAGAAAUACAAGAAAUCUUCCACACAUCAUAUAGUGAGAUAGCUUGGAUAUCGUCGAUAAUGUUGGCUGUCAUGUAUGCAGGAGGUCCCAUAAGCAGCAUUUUGGUGAAUAAGUAUGGUAGCCGGCCUGUGAUGAUAGCAGGAGGUAUCCUGUGUUCAUUUGGAAUGAUUGCUUCUUCUUUCUGCAAUAGCGUCCUGGAACUUUAUCUAUGUAUUGGUGUCGUUGGAGGUCUGGGUUUAGCUUUCAACUUACAGCCUGCCUUGACCAUGAUUGGCAAGUAUUUCUAUAAGAAGCGUCCCAUUGCCAAUGGAUUGGCCAUGGCUGGAAGUCCAGUGUUUCUGAGCACAUUGGCACCUCUCAAUCAAUUCCUCUUUAAUGCAUUUGGCUGGAAAGGAAGCUUUCUCAUUCUGGGAGGACUUCUUUUGAACUGCUGUGUGGCUGGGUCACUUAUGAGACCUGUUGGACCGAAAACAGUCCCUCCUGUGAAAAAAGAUGUUGAAAAAGGUACAGGAGAUUCUACCUUGCACAAAAACAACAAGAAGUCUUUUUGGCAAACUAUGAAUAAAUAUCUAGAUCUGUCCCUCUUCAAACACAGAGGGUUUCUGAUCUAUUUGUCAGGAAAUGUCAUUAUGUUUAUCGGUUUCUUCGCUCCAAUAGUAUUCUUGGCUCCUUAUGCCAAGCACAAGGGAAUUGAUGAAUAUUCUGCUGCUUUUUUGCUAUCUAUCUUAGCUUUUGUAGACAUGUUUGCUAGGCCUUCAAUGGGACUUGUAGCAAACUCCAAGUUUAUCCGGCCAAAGAUUCAGUACUUUUUUAGUUUUGCUGUCUUGUACAAUGGCGUCUGUCAUAUCUUGUGCCCUCUGGCAACAAAUUACACUGGCUUGGUGAUAUAUGCUGUAUUUUUUGGGUUUGCAUUUGGAAUGGUUAGCAGCGUUCUUUUUGAGACAUUGAUGGACCUCGUUGGGGCUGCCAGAUUUUCCAGUGCGGUUGGACUUGUCACCAUCGUGGAAUGUUGCCCUGUGCUCAUAGGCCCUCCUCUAGGAGGCUGGUUAGUGGAUGUUACCAGUGAAUACCAGUACAUGUAUUUUGUCUGCGGAGUGAUUGUGAUUGUGGCCAGUAUCUGGCUGUUCAUUGGCAAUGCCAUUAACUACAGGCUUUUGGCAAAAGAAAAGAAGUUAGAAGAUGAGAAGCAGAAAGCACAGAAGAAUGCUGACUCAAAGGAAGCGGAACCGUUAACAAACAAUGAGAAUGAAGAUGCUGCCAGCAGAGCAGAUAAAGGUCUUGAAGAUCCUUCAGAAAGAGAAACCAAUAUUUAAUCUGCAAUAUAGCUCAGAAGGCAACAUUUAUGACUUCCAUUAGAAAUAUGUCUUCAAGACAGAGGCCAGGUUUUGUGGUAAUAAUGAUCAGUCACAAUAUUGGAUGGGAACAGAUUUUUGCCCCGUGGCAAGACUCUAAGUUAAAUUACUAUCUACCGUUUAUUUAUUUCAGUGAUACAAAAUUGAGAUUACAGAGGUAGUGACUCCAUGCAAAUGAGUCCAUCAGAGUAUGACUCUGGACAAUCAAGAGUCAGGUAAACCAGACUAUAAAGCCUUCCAAUGAAAAACAGUUUUGUGUCAAAAGUAUAUCUAAUGCAAAAGUAUCUCCUAGUCUUAUUUGGGAAGAUACUUUGUGUUCAUCUUUAGAGAAUUGUUAAAGUCUGUUGAAAUAAUCUGCCCAAACUGUACUUACCACUAAUAUUAAAAAGAAUAUAAGCUCAAACAUUUGUUUCAAAAGAGACAGAGUACCUGAGUGAAGCACACUGAAACAUUUUCUCUUUUGUAUGCCCACUAGAUCAAAAAGAUACAUUAUGUCUGUAUAAACAAUUAUAAUAUGGAUGUAAAAGUUAAGGCUAGAAGAUGAACAAUUGGUGGGCACCAUCUCUAAAAUACAAUAAACAGCUGAAUUACAA